UGGAGGGAGACAGGUCUAAGUUUUUAUGAUGUGGAUUGGUGAGAGGAGAAGGAAGAUUUGACACACAAACAAACCCACACACAGAGUAAUUGUGGUUGGGGAUAGGUAGAGGGUGAGAGAGAGAGAGAGAGAGAGGUUGCUUUCAUGGACUGGGAUUUGAAGAUGCCUCCAUGGUGCUUGGCUGAAUUGGACCGUGACGGUUCCAUCAUAAACGGGACGGCAGGGGGUCCUGCUGUGCACCGCCUGGCAAGUAGCCCAGAGUGCUCUGUCGAUCUGAAGCUUGGGGGACUGAGUGAUUCUGGAUCAUCAUACAAGUGGAAGGACCAAUUGAGGGUGUCCUCGAUGUCGGUACCUUCAUCUGGUCCACUGAAGAAACAACGAGCCAUGAGCAAUGCAAGCCAGAAAGCUUCGUGCUUGGUUGAUGGAUGCAAAGCAGAUCUUAGCAAGUGCAGGGAGUAUCACCGCCGGCACAAGGUUUGUGAGGCUCACUCCAAGACUCCGGUGGUUACGGUUGGUGGGCGAGAGCAAAGGUUCUGCCAGCAAUGCAGCAGGUUUCAUAUGCUUGUAGAAUUUGAUGAGGCGAAGCGAAGCUGUCGGAAGCGUCUUGAAGGCCACAACAGACGCCGAAGAAAACCUCAGCCAAGUUCUCUAAAUUCAGGUAUCAGAUUCUCGGCAUAUCCUCAAGUCCAUACAACUGUCACAACAGAGCCAAAUUGGACUCGAAUUGUCAGAAGAGAAGACGAUACCACAGUCCCAGUCCUCAUUGAUAGGAAGACAUCGAAUGCCAACUCUUCUCACAGCUACAGCGAAGAAAGAAAGCAGUUCCCUUUCUUGCAAGAGAACGAGACCAGUCUCAGCAACAUAACACCUCUUAUAACGAGCAGACUGUCCGGGAUCAGCAGCAGUGAGAUGCUCUCCGAUGGUCUAACCCAAGUAUUCCAUUCUGAUCGUGCUCACUCUCUUCUGUCAUCGCCGACGACGCAGACAUCGCUCAUUAACCCAUGCCAUAUGAUACGAUCAGCUGAUGGGAUUGUGAUGGGUCAGCCCCUUGUUUCAAGUAUGCAGUACAGCGAUCUGACACAGUACUCUCGCGUGGCGACCGAAGGUGUAUCACUGACUGGAUAUUCAUGUUCAGGUGUCGGCGGGGAUGAUCGUGCGAGGACCAUCAUGGUUUCAGAGGCUAAUGGUGCUGGCAUUCAUCGUCAGAAAGUGUUCUGUAGAGGUGGUGAAGGCUCCACAGAUGAGACCUCUGCAGCUCUUCCCUUCUCUUGGCAGUAGUUUGAGCCUGCUUUGAUGAGCAAUCAUCAAACACAGCGAGAGUCAUCCUCAAUGUUGGAUUCUUAGCAUUCUUAAGAUCUUCAAUGAUCAAGUUCUCUCUGACUUUGAUCCCACCUGAACAAUAACAAAUCAUUUGUGGCAUCAUAUUGUCGUGUUGAAGGUUAUGCCAUGGCCUUCUUAUCAUGUCCUAAAGAAUUGGUGGUGGAAGCUCUGAUCUUUGUGGA